GCGCACGCAGGGCACGCACGGCCGGCGGGGCCGGCGCUCCAGGCCGUUGGUCUCCCCGCCCGGAUCGCGAGCGUUGGGAGUAAACACCCCCCCAUGGAGAUCCAGGCGUGUUCGCCGCGGAGGCGCCGUUAUCCCGGACCGGGCGGACCCGAGCGUGAGGCCGCCGCAGAAAGGACCAAGCUUUCCAAAAUAGUAGUGGACCAGAUGGAAGAAAUGUAAUAUUCAAAGGCAAAUCUAUAUAUGUUACUUCAGAUAUAUCAAGUAAAGGGCACAGGCUCCAGACGCGCAGGCUCAGUAGUUGUGGCUCACGGGCCCAGUUGCUCCGCGGCACGUGGGAUCUUCCCAGACCAGGGCUCGAACCCGUGUCCCCUGCAUUGGCAGGCAGAUUCUCAACCACUGCACCACCAGGGAAGCCCAAGAUGUUUAGUCUCACUUACUCACAGGGGGACGCGUGCAGAGGCCUCGAACCUGGCACCUCAGACCAGAGUUUCUUGUGCGAAACCGCUGCUCCCCACACCUCAGCUCCGGGACCGUGUGCAGAAGGACACGCCUCUCAAUCCAAGAUGGCAGCGGCAAGCCAUGCGCAGAGACUCCGCGAGAUUUGGAGCCUGAGCCACGCAGCUGCGUCUGCCUCGCGAGACUCCGCCCUCUUCUCGCGUAACUGACGAGAACGCCAGCCAGCCGCUCCGUUCAGGAUCCGUUGGGAAGAGUGUGAACUUUAGAAUGUGAGGGCGGACCUCUCCAGAAUUGAACUCAAUUUUGUUUUAUUGACACGGGUGACACCAGGAGGACACUUUUGGGGGGCCUGACAAUUUCGGCUCGCCCUGGCUUCAGCGAGAGGAUGGCGGAGGCUUUGGGAGGUUUGUGUGAGGAUGACUGGCUCUGGUUUCUGAGUUCACCGAUAGGUUACAACGGCGGUAGCCUUCAGCAGAAUUCAGAGCAACUCUGCCCAGGAACCCGAUACCCGGGUGUGGUGCGCACACAGUGUAGCCCCUAGGGGCAUCUGCACUUGGCCCCCUCGAGGGGAUCACACUGUGCCGGCUGUCACUGGGGCUUGGAGACUGAUACUCAUGCGUAUCUUCCAGCUGCUUGUGGCUGUCCUUCCCUUGGUGCCAGAUGCCCGGGGACGGCGGGGUCCUGUGGACGAGAAAAAGCCGCAGCAGUCUGACCCGCUGUCUCGCCAGCAGUGCUGCCUGCCUGACCCCUGUACAAGGCAGCAACGGCUGCACCAGGACUUUUUGCCCUCCUCGCUGACCUGGGUCAACGGUAUAUUCUCCCUCAUCACUUGCAGUUUGGUAAAGGAACUGGGCAGCCCAUGAGCCAGGAGGCGAGACCCGGAAAGAUCCAGGUAGUGAGGACCGCCUGACAAAAUGGAUAAGGAUGCAUCUCUGAGUUCCUGAAGUGGGCUGGGGGCCCUGUGAGCCACUCGCGGGACCGUGAGCUGCUGGCGAGAACAGGAAACACCCACCGCCCCACCGCCCCACCUCUCCUCCCCCUCUGCUUGUGAGGCAAACCUUGGGUGAUUCUUCAUCAGCCAAGUUUCCACGGGCUCUCCUCUGGGAUCAGCACAGGAUACCAGCUGACCCGGCAAUCUGGUAAGUACUCCAUGGGAAUUCCUCAUAAUUUUAGCUCUCAACUGGCUGGAGGUCUGAAAACUCCUCCUUUUUGGCUGAAAGGGGGAAAGAGAAGGCCCCUGCCUCAGACAGCUGUGCCCCCCCGCUAAGGGACCACAUAGGUCCCACACUGAAGCUCCUGAAUCACCCCAAUAUUGUAAAACUGCUGGGGGCGAUUAACACAGAGGAGGCAUUUAUUCUGGUGAUGGAGUACCUCAGUGGGGGGGACAUGUGCCACUAUUUGAAGACCCAUGACCGUAUGACAGAGGUGGAGGCCCGAGGCCCGUUCCGGCAGCUGCUCUCCGCCCUGCAGCACUGCCACCAGAGGGGCAUCGUGCAUCGGGACCUGAAGCCAGAGAACAUCCUCUUUGAUUCCAACAUGAAUAUCAAACUUACAGACUUUGGCUUCAGCAACAAGUGUGAUGACUCUGGACAAAUGGACACAAUCUGCGGCACACCCCCUUACUGUGCCCCGGAAAUCUUCCUGGGGCAGAGCUACGGCCCUGCGGUGGACGUGUGGAGCCUGGGAGUAGUGCUCUACGCCAUGGUAACUGGGUGCCAGCCCUUUUGGGGAAAAGACUACCAGGAGCUGCGGAAGCAAGUCCUACAAGGGAAAUACCACAUCCCACCUUAUCUGUCUUUGGAGAUAAGGGAUCUAUUACAAAAAAUGAUUGCCCUCAACCCCAGUGACAGAGGCACCUUACCUGACCUCAUGAGGCAUGCUUGGUUAAACAUGGGCCAGAAGGAGCCACUCCAGCCACCCUGUGAAGAGGACCUGAAGGUGACAACGGUGACGACUCCGGGCUUGACUUGCGACCAGAUCCAGGAUGCUGGAACAGGCAGUGUGAGCGCCAAGAAACCCCAGGUAGGGGCCUCCAUCGUAACUGUGAGGCCCUUCUGUCGCAGGGACCUCAGCGGCAGUGAACUUGAGCCUUCUCCAAGCCCUGUGGUGUCCCCCCUGAAAAGCAGGUGGCUCUACCAGGGAGAAAACGUGCAGCUGCAGGAAGACUAGCAGGCGGGGCAGAAGACCGGUGAGUCUGCCUGUCCCCCACCCAGCCUGGAGGCGAGGACUGCCACCCCCAGCCCAGCCCCCCAGUGUGGCACUGGGACAUCCCCCUCCACCAGCAGCAGCAUUGGAGCCCCAGAGGGAACCAGCUGCCCCCCGGAUGUGUCCAACACUGGAGGGUCCUCCCACACUGGGCAGCCUGAGAGUGUGUCCUCAUCCACUCCCUCUGGCCACAGCCAGAAAAAAGCAAGGGGUGGCUAGGAGAAUCUGGAACUUUGUUUUGAAACAUCUUUGUUGCAAGCUGCCCAGCAAGAGGCGUCAUAAUAAAGUGAGCCCAUGUGAACCCCAUGCAUGACCGAGGCAGGAAGGUCAGGCCGCCGCGCUCCCUGGGGCCCGGUCCAGUGGAAGAUGAGGGUGUUCUCUGCGUGGCCUUCAGAAGCAUCGUACCCAAGACCCUGGCCAGCUCAGAGGAUGGUCCGGAGCAGCCCGGGCGACCGAAAGCGAGGCCACCGUGGCUGCAGGUCUGCCCCUCAACCCCCACCUGGGUGAAACUUCAGAGACUGGACUGUCAUUCCUGGGUCACGUCUCCCCUCCCCCACUCUUCUGUCUUCCGUGUUGGUGGGGGAGGGGGAUAGUUCUUGUUCCAAGGACUCCUUGGUUCUUCCAAUUCUAGUUAAUAAACUUGAUGCUCGGGCUUCCCUGGUGGCGCAGUGGUUGAGAAUCUGCCCGCCAAUGCAGGGGACACGGGUUCGAGCCCUGGUCUGGGAAGAUCCCAUGUGCCGCGGAGCAGCUGGGCCCGUGAGCCACAAUUACUGAGCCUGUGCAUCUGGAGCCUGUGCUCCGCAACAAGAGAGGCCGCGACAGUGAGAGGCCCGCGCACCGCGAUGAAGAGUGGCCCCCGCUUGCCACAACUAGAGAAAGCCCUCGCACAGAAACGAAGACCCAACACAGCCAUAAAUAAAUAAAUAAAUACUUUAAAAAAAAAACACAAAAAACUUGAUGCUCCAGAAAGAUGUAUCACACCCUGCUUUGCAUCUGCUGUGAUGUAUAGUGCUCAAGGAGACACCUAGAAAGACAGAAGCUGAGAGAUUGGAGUGUGGAUGCACAAAUAGAGUUACUGGGAAUGGGAGAAGUACAAUUUAAACUCAGUUACUGGGGCGCACACUUCCACUCCAGCACAACGCAGUGCUUUACAUGUUUACAUGGCCCCAAGGUAUUAUAGGACACAUUCCCAUUAGCUCUGUUGCUUCUGGGCCGUGCUCAGGAACUAGGUCAAUACAGAUGCUCCUGGGUGGGGAUCCAGCGUCCACAUUGCUCAGUUCCAUCCUUUUCCAUAAGCCCGAGCUCACCCCCAGCCUCCUCCCCACAAACAGGUGGAGGUCAGCUCAUGACUCUCACAAUCCUCAGGUUCUUCCAACCUGCUUUCAUCCUUGGGGAAAACCAGCCAAUUGUUGGCUUGUCUUUCCCAAAGUUAUCAUCCUCUUUAUUUCUAAUGUGGAACACCUACCCCUUUAUUCAAUUUCAGAUUUUAUAAAAUACUGGAAAAGUCUUUGGCUUUAAGCUGCUUUUUUCUGCUUUCCUACAACAAAUGUCCACUGAGAAAGAAAACAGAAAAUCAUUAUCUAAUUGAAAUUGUAGGAGCAAAUAUAUGUAGAAAAAAUAUAUAUACCUUAAUACUGUCCCAUUUGUAUACGUAUUUCUGAUCAGUGCCAUUUGUAUAGCUUCACUAUUAAUUGUCAAUUCCUUUGGGGUAACCUGGAGUCCCUACUGACAUGCAAACAUUCUCUGAGAAAACAGCACUGCUAUUACCACUUAACUAAGCUUUAAGGUAAAUUAAUUUGUCAGCUUUGUUGGUAUGACCACUGACAGUCACUAGACUGCAGCUCGUUAAGAUUGGUUAUAAAAUGUGUUUUGCUGGAGGGCGGGGGAGAGGAAGUUUCUGAGCCCAGUUGAUAUUCUCAGACUAAUUCACAGUGUGGUCUUGGGGGCUGUUCCUGUCUCUGGAAUAGAAGCGGCCAGAGAGUGAAGAAUUACAAGAACAUUUACUUCCUUCAUUUCCUCUUUAGUUCUAAAUAUAUCUCAAUGUCCAAAAAUAAAAGGCUAUGUAAUAUAUUUCCAGUUUUUCUUUAUGAAUAGGAUCAGUAAAUAAUUAAUAAAAGCAAAUUAAAAGUGAA